AUGACCAUACGCGAGCUGAAUCUCUAUGAUGGACACGACACUCCUCAAUGCAGCCAAGCCAUGAAGGAUAAGCAGCACAACAAAAAUGCGAGGGUCAACGCUUGUAUCCUUUCCCAAAUCCUGCAACUACCAUUUAAUUGUAAAGAUCUCAAAAUUUGCAUGGGAGGCUUCACCGGUGAGCUUCAAGCAGUGAGAAAGGUGGAUUACUACUACUACGUAGUGGGAUCGCUUGGAAAUGUGUAUCUGCCAACAACUUUGGAUGACCUUGAGGAUUUCCGUGAUAGACUGAAGCGCCUUUUCUACUUUAAGCAUCACCAUCAACACUUGCGAAAGGCCAUUAGAACACCACUUGCAAGAAUGCGACGUUUACGUAAAUCAGGCAAGUUGAUCGAUGUCAAAACAGUGGGGAUAUCUUCACGACACCUUAGCUGUGGAACAAGUACAGUAUUUGAUGACAAACAUAUCAUUGAAUGUUCCUUGGUAUGUAUUACAAUCGUGAAAUCACCAUCAAUAUUAGUAUGUAACCAUAUUUUGACAGUGGCGAGGUUACGUCAAAUGCAAUCUCAACAAGGAAAAACCACGACCAAACCGCUCAAGGUGUGGAGAUGGUAG